AUGGUGUCGGAGUUUGAACGGACUUCAACGAAUUGUCGAAGUUGUUCAACACCAGCACGUCAACCACUUCCUCACCAGCAUCCUCUCAUCGCCUGGGCCUCGCUGUCAGCAGCCCCACUGGCAGAUGCAUUGCCUUGGUGGUCGUCACAUGUAGUGUUUGAAAGUCCGGUUCGGUCCGGUUUUUUGAUGCCCAGGGGCGUUAACCGUAACCGUAACCGGUCUGCCUUUUCCCCAGAAGUCAAAAGACCAGACCGGACCGCAAAAAGACCGCAGACCGCGGUUUUUUGCGGUCUAUAG